UUCAGCAUAAUUAGUCAAGGUUGGGGUAAAACUUCUGUUUCUCCGACUUCUGGAGCUGCAUGUUGCAAUCUGUAUCACUUCAUUAAUAGGGAUGAGUUGGAUGAACUUCGGGCUGAAAUGGAAGAAAUGCGUGACAGCUAUUUAGAGGAAGAUGUUUACCAGCUGCAGGAGCUCCGGCGAGAGCUGGACCGGGCAAACAAGAAUUGCCGCAUUCUGCAAUAUCGUCUCAGGAAAGCAGAACAGAAAAGCUUGAAAGUUGCACAAACGGGCCAUGUGGAUGGAGAGCUCAUUAGGAGCCUGGAACAAGAUUUAAAGGUAGCCAAAGAUGUUUCUGUCAGACUGCACCAUGAGCUGGAGAGUGUGGAGGAGAAACGUGUUAAAGCAGAAGAUGAAAAUGAAAUCCUUCGGCAGCAAAUUAUUGAGGUGGAAGUAUCCAAGCAGACACUGCAAAAUGAGCUGGACAAGUUAAAAGAGGUUGUUGGGACCGUUAGAGACGUGAGUGCUGUUCUCCAGGCAUGUUCACUUGGGAAAUCACUUCAAGUUGAUGGAGGAUGAUGGCUGCAACUCGCG